GGCCUUCGACCUCUCCGCGCUUUUGACCUCGCUUUCACUUUUGUUGUUCCAGACAAUUCCAUAGGGAUUUAGCUCUUGUGAGGGUAAUUCUUCGUCUUUCGUUAUAGCCCACCAUGUUCUCCCUUGCACGCCGAUCCAUCCUUCACGCAGGCCGAACACGGCUUCAGUUCACACGCUUUGCUUCUACACUCGCCGUUCUCGAACAAAAAGAGGGAAAACUUGUAUCACAAUCGCUUGCCGCCAUCACAGCAGGAACAAAAAUUGGAGGCUCAAUAACAGCUUUUAUUGCUGGAGGUGGGGUCAAGUCUGCCGCUGACGAGGCUGCCAAAUCAAAGGGAGUAGAAAAGGUGGUUUACGUUGAGAAUGGAGCCUACGAUCGAUGUCUUCCCGAGAACUAUGCACCACUCUUGGUAGAGAACAUCAAAAAGGGCGGAUAUACACAUGUUGUUGCUGGCCACUCAGCCUUUGGAAAGAACAUCAUGCCCCGCGUCUCAGCGCUCUUGGAUACGCAGCAGAUAUCAGACAUUACUGCUGUUGAAAGCGAAGAUACCUUCGUUCGACCAAUCUACGCCGGCAACGCCAUCAUGACGGUGCAAUCGUCCGACAGCGUCAAGGUCAUCACCGUCCGCGGCACCGCAUUCCCCGCACCCGAGCCCGAAGGUGGCAACGCAACAGUCGAGGAGGGCGUAGACCCCAAGGCUGAGUGCGCAACUGAAUGGGUAUCCGAAGACCUACAAAAGUCUGAUCGUCCCGAUCUAGGCUCAGCAGAGCGAGUUGUGUCAGGAGGGCGUGGUUUGAAGUCCAAGGAGGAAUUCGACAAGCUCAUGCCACCUCUAGCAGAUGCGCUUGGUGCCGCCAUCGGCGCAUCGCGAGCAGCAGUUGACAGUGGAUUUGCCGACAACAGUCUGCAAGUUGGACAGACUGGAAAGAACGUUGCGCCGCAACUAUACCUUUGCGCGGGUAUCUCAGGGGCUAUUCAACAUCUGGCAGGUAUGAAGGACAGCAAGGUUAUUGCAGCCAUCAACAAGGAUGGCGAGGCGCCAAUCUUCCAAGUCGCCGAUGUUGGUCUCGUUGGUGAUUUGUUCGAAAAGGUACCUGAGUUGACGGAGAAGCUAAAGUCACAGUAAGACCUGAGAGCCUCAUCAAAAUCGAAACUCAAAAGCUGUACAUACUCAGAUUGAUGAAAUAAUCAAACCGUUCACACAA